AUACUUAAAAAAAAAAAAAGUCCUACUAGGGGAUGCUAAGAUGCCCUGGAACUCAACACGGGCAUCCUCCAUGGCCACCAAAGAUCACCGCCUUCUUCACCACCAGAAUUCCAAAAGAAACUUCUCACUCUUCCCCUUACUCUCUCUCCUCUGCUUCGCCUCCAUUUUCCUCGCCCUCUCUCUCUUCAGAAAAGCCUCAAUUCCUUUACACUCCCGUGGAAUCUCCCGUUUCAGAUCCGACCCGAAUGCCGCCCUCCAGUCCUGCGAUUUCUCGGAUGGGACGUGGAUCUAUGAUCCGGACGCCCCUCCCCAGAGGUACGACAGCACUUGCAAGGAGAUUUUCAAGGGAUGGAAUUGCAUUGCCAGUAACAAAUCCAACGCUAGAGAACUUAUCAAGUGGAAGUGGAAGCCUAAGCAAUGUGACCUUCCCUCUUUUGAUCCCGUUAGGUUCUUGGAGAAGUACAGAGACACUAGCAUUGGGUUUAUUGGCGAUUCCCUGAACAGAAAUAUGUUUGUUUCUCUCUUCUGUACUCUGAAACGUGUGACCGGUGAAGUGAAAAAGUGGCGUCCAGUUGGAUCUGACCGUGGAUUUACAUUUCUUCAUUAUAACCUCACUAUUGCGUAUCAUCGGACAAAUCUUUUGGCACGAUAUGGUAGGUGGUCCGCUAACAGUAAUGGUGGGGAGUUGGAAUCUCUUGGAUAUAAGGAGGGUUUUAGAGUUGACAUUGAUGUUCCAGAAGGCACAUGGGCAGAGGCCCCAAGCUUCCAUGACAUUUUAAUCUUCAAUACAGGACACUGGUGGUGGGCUCCUUCAAAAUUUGAUCCUUUAAAGUCUCCCAUGAUUUUCUUUGAAAAUGGUCAUCCUGUUAUCCCUCCAUUGCAUCCUCAUGUGGGUCUGGAUAAAGUUUUAAAGCACAUGGUAAUAUAUGUAGAAAAAAGAGCUCGACCCAGUACGGUCAAAAUUUUCCGUACACAAUCACCAAGACAUUUCGAAGGAGGUGAUUGGGACCAAGGUGGUUCCUGCCAAAGGCUACAACCGUUAUUGCCUGAGCAAGUUGAAGAACUAUUCUCUCUAAAGAAUAAUGGAACGAAUGUGGAGGCUCGUGUUGUGAACCAACACCUUUACAAAGCCCUUGAAGGGUCGAAUUUCCAUAUUUUAGACAUAACCCGCAUGAGUGAGUUGAGAGCUGAUGCUCAUCCGUCCGCAGCUGGUGGAAAGAAACACGAUGAUUGCCUGCACUGGUGCUUACCUGGAGUUACGGAUACUUGGAAUGACUUGUUCAUAGCUCAUCUGAAUUUCAAGGUCAGAAAUUGAGGAUGUAUUUUGAUUGAUUUACUCCGAAAUUGGUUUCUGAAAGUAGUAGUUGUUGCUUGGUUUGGUUUGCCAAUGUUAAUGGCCUCACUACUGUCCAUUACUCCGAUGCCUUGGGCAUAAUUUUCAUGGAUCAUUUUCCACUAGAAGUUGGGUAUGUCAUGUGAUGUGGAUCCAAAGCGCACUAUAUGUAAUGUAUAUGAUGGAUCUCAGUUGACAAUGGCACAUUUUUCUCCA